CUGAUCACAUCCUGAAUAUUCACAGACAUGAGACCAGCAGUAACAGCAGCAGCAGCAGCAGCAGCUGAGAGGCAUAAUCACCCGUAGUUGCAGCACAGAGCGCAGCUCGGCAUGGAGAUAACACAGUGCUUUAUUUAAGGUAAUCCGAUUUGAGCGAAGCAUGACUGGUCUAGGCGGUGUGCAAGGACGCCUGGGUAGAGCACACAAAGCAUUAGACCACUCUGAGAGUUAGUCAGCAGCUGUAAUGUGCUCUGUACACCCUCAUCAGUGCUGCCCACGCCAGUGUAUGUUUUUCAGAAGAUUGGUGCAGUGAAGUGUGGUGCUAUGAGGCUGUUGCUGAGCUUUUUAGGGGGAGGAAGACUCUCUCUUUCUCUGCUGCUGCUUCUGCUUUGCUGUCCUCCCAGCUCCACCCAUGUGAGAUUCUCUCACCCCCAUGAGCCCCACAAACACACCCGUAAGCAUGAAAAUAUCACGCUGGCUGUGAUCCUGCCCAGGUACAACACCUCCUACCCCUGGGCCUGGCCCCGUGUUGGCCCUGCAGUAGACCGGGCCAUUGCUCUAGUCAACUCCAACCCGUCUCUCCUCCCUGGCUACAGUCUGCGGCAUGUCUUUGCGAGCAGCGAGAACACAGAUGGAAUCUGCUCAGAAUCCAUUGCCCCGCUCAUGGCUGUGGACCUGAAGUUUGCCUACGAGCCGUGGGCCUUCAUCGGCCCAGGCUGUGACUACACCUCCUCCCCUGUGGGCCUUUUCACCACCCACUGGGGUCUCCCCAUGAUCACGGCAGGAGCGCCAGCUGUGGGCUUCUCUGACCGCUCUGACGCCUACACCUCCAUCACCAACACGGGCCCCACACACAAGAAGCUUGGUGAAUUCGCCCUGCACAUCUGCAGACACUUCGGCUGGAACCAGCAUGUUCUGCUCAUGUUUGGUGACAGCAAGAUGGGUGAGCGUGAGUGCUACUUCGCCAUGGAAGGCCUGUACACAGAACUGAAAGAAGUCAACAUCACCACGGAUGAGCUUGUGUUCGAGGAAAACAGCCGGCCAGUCAACUAUUCGGAACACCUGCAGGAGAUAAAGGAUAAGGGAAGGGUGGUGUUUGUGUGCUGUUCUUCGGAAAUUUUCCGGCAGUUGAUGGUACAGUUCCAGAAGGCGCGUCUUCCACAGAAAGAAUUUGUCUUCAUCUAUAUCGACAUGUUUGGACACACCCUGGCAUCUCAUCCUGCCCGGCCAUGGGCCAGAGAUGACAGUGAUGAUGACCUUGCCAAGAAGGCCUACCAGAGUGUGAAGAUUCUGACAUACAGAGAACCACAGAAUCCAGAGUAUAAAGACUUUGUUGCUGAUCUCAAAGCAGGUGCAAAGAAGAUGUUUAACUUCACGGUGGAGGACUCUCUGAUGAACAUCAUCUCUGGAGGCUUCUAUGAUGGGCUGAUGCUGUAUGUUCAUGCGCUGAACGAGAGCUUGGCAGAGAGCCAUGGCCGCCCCUCCAGUGAGAGCAUCACCAAGAGGAUGUGGAACCGAACAUAUUAUGGUGUGACGGGGCUCGUGCAGAUAGACAAGACUGGAGACAGAGAGACAGAUUUUGCCCUGUGGGACAUGACUGAUACCAACUCCAGUAUUUUUCAGAUUGUAGCAGUUUACAAUGGUACACAGAAGCAAAUGCAGACUCUGCCUGGUAUGGGUUUCCAGUGGCCAGGUGGCUCAGUUCCCCUUGAUGUGCCCUUCUGUGGCUUCAAAAAUGAUAGGCCUGCCUGUAUUGCACGGACAAUUACAAUGCAUCAAAUGGUUUCUAUUGUUGUGUUCUUCAUUCUCGUCAUCAUCUUCACAGUCAUGGUCUUCAUAUACAGAAAGCUGAAGUUGGAGAAGGAGUUGGCCGCUCAGCUCUGGAGGAUCUCUUGGGAGGACAUGCAGAUGAGCAAUCUGGAGAAGGUGCUGCGCAGUGCAGGCAGCAAACUCACCCUCUCUCUGCGAGGCUCCAACUAUGGUUCUCUGCUGACUGCUGAUGGGAACUUCCAAGUCUUUGCAAAGACUGCUUACUUUAAGGGAAACAUUGUGGCCAUCAAAUAUGUCAACAGGAAACGCUUCGAACUGACCAGGAAAGUGCUGUUUGAACUUAAACAUAUGAGGGAUGUGCAGAAUGACCAUUUGACUCGCUUCAUCGGAGCAUGCAUUGAGCCAGCUAAUGUCUGCAUUGUGACAGAGUACUGUCCACGAGGCAGCCUGCAGGACAUUCUAGAGAAUGAGAGCAUCACACUGGAUUGGAUGUUCAAAUAUUCACUAAUCAACGACAUUGUAAAGGGUAUGGCCUUCCUUCACAACAGUGUGAUUGUAUCCCAUGGCAACCUGAAGUCCUCGAACUGUGUGGUGGAUAACCGCUUUGUGCUGAAGAUCACUGACUAUGGGCUGUCCAGCUUCAGGACUGAAUCUGACCCUGAGGAUGCCCAUUCCUAUUAUGCACGGAAGCUGUGGAUGUCGCCGGAGUUGCUAAGGAUGGGCAGCCCCCCUGCCUGUGGCACGCAGAAAGGAGAUAUCUACAGUUUUGGUGUCAUCCUGCAGGAGGUGGCGCUGCGUAGAGGUGUCUUCUACAUGGAGGGAGACACACUCAGCCCUAAAGAGAUAGUGGACCGUGUGGCUCUGGGUGAGUGGCCGUAUUUGCGGCCGUCUGUUAACUCUCAGACUCACAGUGAGGAGCUGGGGCUGCUGAUGCAGCGCUGCUGGGCUGAGGAACCGAUGGAGAGGCCUGAGUUCAGCCACAUUAAAGUCCUCCUGCGUAAACAGAACAGGGAGGUCAGCAGGGAUAUUCUGGACAACCUGUUGUCUCGCAUGGAGCAGUACGCUAAUAACCUGGAAGAGCUGGUUGAGGAAAGGACGCAGGCCUACCUGGAAGAGAAACGCAAAGCAGAGGCCUUACUCUACCAGAUAUUGCCCCAUUCAGUAGCAGAGCAGCUGAAGAGAGGAGAGACGGUACAGGCAGAGGCUUUUGACUCGGUCACCAUUUACUUCAGUGACAUUGUAGGCUUCACUGCACUGUCUGCAGAGAGCACACCCAUGCAGGUUGUGACUCUCCUCAAUGAUCUCUACACUUGUUUUGAUGCCAUCAUAGACAACUUCGAUGUUUACAAGGUGGAGACGAUUGGUGAUGCAUACAUGGUUGUAUCUGGUUUGCCAGUACGUAACGGGAAGCUGCAUGCCCGAGAAAUUGCCCGCAUGUCCCUUGCUCUGCUGGAGGCUGUGAAAACCUUUAAGAUCCGCCACCGACCCAACCAGCAGCUCAAACUGCGGAUUGGAAUUCACAGUGGUCCUGUGUGUGCUGGUGUGGUAGGGCUAAAAAUGCCUCGGUACUGCUUAUUUGGAGAUACAGUCAACACAUCGUCACGUAUGGAGUCCAAUGGUGAACCCCUGAAGAUCCAUGUGUCCUCAACCACACGGGAUGUCCUGCAGGAGUUUAACUGCUUCCAGCUGGAGCUGAGAGGAGAUGUAGAGAUGAAGGGCAAGGGCAAGAUGAGGACCUAUUGGUUGCUGGGAGAGAACAAAAUGAGCGAGUGAAUGAAGCCAGGUCCUGAGUGGGACCUACUUAGUGCACUAGUGGACCACAUGAAGACCCUCAUGAAGGCUGUCACAGCUGCCAGGACUCCUGUCCUCCUUUGCACACUCCAUCACUCACAUCCCAGUACAACAUGUUGUUGGAGCUGAGCUCUGACUUUUUGGGUUAAAGGAUGCAUUGACACGUUGUAUGCCAUGAACAGCACUCACUGUUGUUUUUGCUUUUAUAAAGACCACAAAAAGAACAGGAGGCCAUGUUUCCAGAAGAACUGUAUUCCUGAUGAACAUAUAAUCCCACUGUUUGAAAUCACAAGUAGACACAUAGUCUUAUUAGUCCCAUGCUGCAGUAAAUGUGUAAUCCCAUUGCUUUAGAGGAUGGUGGAGCACAAGACCAACUAAGCCUGGUGACCAUUUGAUAUGACUGUGAUUUAGAUUUGAGGUGGCAGUGGCUGUACUAGAAUAUUGGUCUCUUUCAAUUUUGUGAAGUGAAAAUAAUGAUCACGUAUGCUUUUGUAACACAAAUUAUAAUUUGAAACAUGUCCUUGCACAGUAGUUCUGCACCUUGUAGUUAGCUGUUAAGACUUUGCUCAUGGUACUCAGUUAUUAUUUUGUCAGUAAAUCAAAAGCAUUCCUUAUUAUGCCAAUUACUCCAUCGCAGGAGCUGUAUAUACUCAAUAGUGAGGCUCUGAAUUCCUGAUUAUGCUCAAGAACUGUUAGAAUUUGGUCAGACAGAGCUCCUAUUGACUGUGUGUUUGUAAGGAACCUGCGCCAGUUUCAGGCGUAAUCUAGAACAGUCAUGAGAACGCUAUAGAACAUGGAUGCAUUAUUUUGAUUUGAACAUAAUAGGGCUUCAAUGAUCAGGUUAUGAUCAAUCUUAGCAAAAGACUGAACCUGAACACGGAUGAACAAUGCAGCUGAAUUUCUUUUACACUUGGAGAAUCUUCUUGCAAUACUGAAUGGUAGCAGAGUGGACACUGGCUAUGUGCUUUGACUUUACUGUGUUUUUUGUUUUCUAAGUUCAUUUGAAGUGUAAACUGUAGGGCACUCUAACUAUGCUUUAGGAAAGUGGGUUAGCAGGUUCUUUGGGUAUAUUUCUAUCUGAACUAUCUGAAACACCUUGUUUUUGCAAAUUAGCAUUUCUUUUAUAAAAAGUGAAAUGCCUUUGAACGUUGUUUUUUUUGAACUAGUUUGAGAUGUGUUCACAUUUAAUUGUGGAAUCUGUUUUGGCUCAUAAAAUCCCAACCCAGUAUCAUUCAGAUGGAUUUGUAUAGUGCUUUUAACAACAGAUGUCGUCACAAAGCAGCUUUACAGAAAUACAAGGCAAGGAAAAACCAAAAGGGAGCCCAUCUUCGUAACACUGAGAGCUGCUAAGAGUGCUAUGAGAAUAAUGAACAUAGGAGUGAGGUGAGCCUCAGCAUUAAACAGAAGAAUCAGAUUAAACAAUAGAAAAGCAGUGAGUAAAAGAAUACUCAAAAAGGGUUAAGUCUGGUGGAUGAGCAAUUUAGGUUAAUAAACUAAAUAAAGUAAAAAUAUUGAGACAGAGGUACAUAUACUGAGAGCGUGUUAAUAUGAACAUGAACCGGUAAUGAAACCAGUACACAAGACUUUUUGGUCCCUAUUGAAAUCUGCACUAAGAUUAAAAUUUCAGAUUUUUAA